CUUGAAUAGGAGUGACUGACUACCUCCGAGUUGAGCGAGUGGUGUGGAAGAGAGCAGUUCAGGCUACCGUGUGAACAUGUCUGAGCCUAUUAGAGUUUUGGUGACCGGCGCUGCUGGGCAGAUCGCCUAUUCCCUGUUGUUCAGCAUUGCCAAGGGAGAUGUCUUUGGCAAAGAUCAGCCAAUCACCUUGCUCCUUUUGGACAUCACACCCAUGUUGCCAGUCCUGGAAGGUGUUGUCAUGGAGCUGCAGGACUGUGCCCUCCCACUUCUGAGAGACAUUGUCCCCACCGACAAGGAGGAGGUGGCCUUCAAGGACCUGGACGCUGCCAUCUUGGUGGGCUCCAUGCCCAGGAAGGAGGGCAUGGAGAGAAAAGACCUGCUCAAAGCCAAUGUGGCCAUCUUCAAGAGCCAGGGAACCGCCCUGGAGAAGUAUGCCAAGAAGACAGUCAAGGUGCUGGUUGUGGGAAACCCUGCCAACACCAACUGUCUGAUUGCAGCCAAGUCUGCUCCCUCCAUCCCCAAGGAGAACUUCUCCUGCCUCACCCGUCUGGACCACAACAGGGCUCGCUCUCAGGUGGCAAUGCGCUGUGGCGUCCCGGCCACCCAUGUGAGGAAUGUGAUCAUUUGGGGAAACCACUCGUCCACCCAGUACCCAGACGUGCACCACUGCAUGGUCAACAUGUCUGGUAGUGAGCUCGCCUGCUUCGAUGCAGUCAAGGAUGAUGCCUGGCUCAAAGGAGAUUUCAUUGCUACGGUGCAACUGAGAGGCGCUGCAGUCAUCAAGGCCAGGAAGCUGUCCAGUGCAAUGUCUGCAGCCAAGGCCAUCUGUGACCACAUGAGAGACAUCUGGUCGGGCACCUCCGAGGGUGAGUUCACCUCUAUGGGUGUUUACUCCUCUGGCAACUCCUAUGGAGUCCCAGACGACCUCAUCUACUCAUUCCCUGUCCAGAUCAAGGACAAGUCCUGGAAGAUUGUGGAUGGCCUGGCCAUCAAUGAUUUUUCCCGAUUGAAGAUGGACGCCACAGCAGCGGAGCUGAUAGAAGAGAGGGACACAGCUGUGUCUUUCCUGGGUGUAUGACUAAACCCUGCAGGGCCACCCUACCAGCACUUAGACAGCCCCAAAACUCCAGAAGCACGCCUGUAAUAAAGCACUCCACAAACCCCUGCAUUACUGUGUGUGUGAGAGAGAGUGAGUCAGUGUUUAUGAGUGUAAAGUUGGAUUUAUACUUGUGUGUUGGGAGGCUGUGCAGUAAAAACAUAGAGCCUAUGCACACAGCUACUUACACUAACGUGCACCCUCUUUAAAAAUGUACAGCAGCUAGAGACAGUGAUUGGCGAGCUUGGGUUUCUUGUGUUUUCUUUCACAAGUUUCCAAACCUGCUGGAGAUGGCAUGGUGUCGAUAGUGAAGACGACAUUAAGUGAGUUAUUAAAGCUCAGUAAUCUUAAAAUGACUGCAUCACCGUACAUAUUCUGUGAUGCAGCAAAGCUAUGUCUGUUACAAACCUACUCGUUCCGAUUGCCACUGUCUAUUGCAAAGUGAAAAGAACGUAAGCAGGUUUGCUUUGGCUAUGAAUGACUACAUGGCAUUAUAUUCUCCUGUUCAGUAAACACCAGAGACCCCUUGGCAAGGUUCCUGUACAUUGUGACGCACAAGUAUAACUCUACCUUAAGUAUACAGUUUAUACUGGAGGUCAACCAGAUCUGUUACCAGCUAUUUUCCAAUAAUUUUUCUCUGGGGGUAAGUGAAUGGAUGGUUGUUACAUAUAGUCAGUGAUGCACUAAGUCCUCAAACACUGGAAUGGAUAACUUUUAAGCUGAAAUAAUAAAAAAUUAAACAAUA